AUGGCGGACGACCAAUGUGUAGUGAUAGAUAACGGUUCGUUUUCACUUAAAAUAGGCUUAUCUGGGAGUUAUAGCCCAUCAUUCAUAGUCCGCUCAGUUGUAGGAAACCCAAGACCAAAAUUUAAGCAAAACUUUACGGAAGAGUUUUACUACUCCGAAGAUGUGUAUUCUAGCCUUGAGUUUAUGUCUCUGGAUCACUUGAUUGAUCAUGGACACAUAUCAGACUUUGAUAAGAUGGAAGGACUCUGGCAAUACUGUUUCUCUAAACUUGAAGUUCAUUCAGACUGUAGACCAGUACUGUUAACAGAGGCACCAUUUACGAGUCCUAAACAUAGAAUAAAGUCGUCUGAAAUCUUCUUUGAACGUUUUAACAUUGACGAUUUGAACAUCUCAGUGGCAGGCUUACUUUCAAUGUACGGCCUGGGAAAGUUAACUGGCACAGUGGUGGAAAUCGGUGACGGUGUAACUCAGGUUUUACCAGUAAUUGAAGGGUAUUCAGAACGUUCAUCCAUUAAGAGGGUGGAUUUCGGAGGGAUCGAACUUACAAUGUACUUACAAAAAAUGUUAUGUACCAGAGGAUACUGUUUAACUUCAAGGCCAGACUUUGAACUUGUGCGUGAACUUAAGGAAAAGUUUUCUUUUUGCUCAUUGGACCCUUUUACUGAUGAGAAUAGAAGUGAUUUGGUUGAAGUAUAUGAAUUACCUGAUGGAAACGUAUUAAGGGACGGGGAAACUAAUGAAAUAGAUUUAUCAUUGGAGAGAUUUUACGUUUGUGAACCUCUUUUCAACCCCUCGAUAGUUAAUAGUGAUGCUCCAAGCAUUGUUAAUACUGUUUGGAACGCUAUUACUUCCAGUCCAAUUCAAGACCGUACUACACUGACUAAUAGCAUAUUUGUUUGCGGCGGUACAAGUUUAUUUCCAAACUUUGAGAAGAGGCUUCAGAUGGAGUUACAGGACAUUGCUCCUCCAGGCGGUAGGAGUAAAGUAAGAGUCACUGCUCCUCAGGACAGACAUACACUAGCUUGGCGAGGCGGUUCGAUCCUCUCCGAACCAAAGCUCAAGGACAUUAGUGCUAACAUGUGGGUUUCAAGGGAAGAAUGGGACGAAUCUGGUCCUGAAAUUAUAAUGCGCAAGUUUGGUCUUGAUAAUUAA